GGCUACCAUUUGGCUUCUAUCACUUGUCAUCCUCAUCUCUAUCCUUAUCGCCGCCGUAAAUCACAUUAAGCGGUGGCGGCGGCGGCAACCACCGUCUCCUCCUGGCUUACCGAUCAUCGGCAACUUGCACCAGCUCGGAGAAUUACCACAUCAGUCUCUGUGGAGACUCUCAAAGAAGUAUGGUCCUGUGAUGCUACUGAAACUUGGAGGAGUUUCAACAGUUGUAGUUUCUUCCCGUGAAACAGCAAAACAAGUUCUUAGAGAACAUGACCUCCAUUGUUGUAGCCGUCCACGCGUUAAAGGUGCAAGAAAGCUUUCUUAUAACUAUCGAGACAUUGCUUUCUCUCGAUAUGAUGACUAUUGGAAAGAAUUAAGGAAGCUAUGUAUUAGAGAACUCUUUAGUCCUAAACGUGUUCAGUCGAUUCAACCCAUCAAGGAGAUGGAGAUGAAGAAACUGAUUGCUUCAAUCACUGAAUCUGCUUUUGAGAAAACUCCUGUUAACUUAAGCGACACGUUUCUUUCUUUAAAUGCUAACGUGAUUUGCAAGGCAUCAUUUGGUGUCAGUUUUCAAGGAACCGUGCUCAACAAUGAAAAGUUCCAAGAUUUAGUCCAUCAGACACUUGAGCUCUUAGGACGCUUCUCUGCUUCUGAGUUUUUCCCGUAUAUCGGUUGGAUCUUCGAUUGGUUCAAGGGUUUACACGCGCGGAGAGACAAGUGUGCGCGAGAUCUUGAUGCUUUCUAUGAACAAAUGAUUGAUUUACAUCUACAGAAAAACAGAGAAGCAAGAAGUGAAGAUGAUUUUGUGGACUUGCUCUUGAGGUUGGAAAAGGAAGAAGCUGUUCUUGGAUAUGGCAAACUCACAAGAGACCAUAUCAAAGGUAUCUUGAUGGGGGGAAUCAAUACUUCUGCAAUAACCAUGGCAUGGGCAAUGGCGGAACUCGCAAGAAACCCUCGAGUGAUGAAGAAAGUUCAAUCCGAAAUCAGAAACCUAAUAGGGAAAAACAACAAAGCAAGAACCAUAAGCUUAGAUGAGACAGAUCAACUAAAUUACCUGAAAAUGGUGAUCAAAGAAACGUGGCGGUUACAUCCGGUAUCACCUCUUCUAGUGCCAAGAGAAGUAAUAUCUGAAUUUAAGAUCAACGGCUACACGAUUCAGCCCAAGACAAGGCUUCACGUCAACGUAUGGGCUAUUGGGCGCGAUCCAGAAGAGUUUAUCCCAGAGAGGUUUAUGGAUUGUGACACUGAUGUAAAAGGGCAACACUUUGAGCUGUUACCGUUUGGGAGUGGUCGGAGAAUUUGUCCGGCAGUGUACAUGGGGACAGCAUCGGUUCAGUUUGUUCUUGCGAAUCUCUUGUAUCAGUUUGAUUGGAAGUUACCGGAAGGUGUGGAGGUUGAAGAUAUUGAUAUGGACGAAACUGCUGGACUCACUACCCACAAGAAACAUGAUCUCAUCCUUGUUCCUGUGAAAUCUUUAGAUCUUUGA